AUGCUGUACAUCGUCGCGCUGCUUCCGGCACUCGUCUAUGCCUCUUGUCCGGCUUCAGGUACGGUGGUUUGAGACGAAAACGUUUCGAAAACCUUGCCAACUUCUUUUUUCCCUUUUCGCAGCAUGUUCAAAGUGUGCGAACGGAGAUGUGUUUCCGUCGGACAACGAUUUCUACCGAAUAGUGUUGAAUACGGUCUACCCGUACUUUGCGGCUAUUCCUGAAUACAAGCGGUACCAGGCGUACUGCGGAAAUCUAUGGGCCAGUUCGUCGAAGUAUAAUGCGACGAGCGGCGAGUGCGAUUGGAACUUUCAAUGCACGUGGACGAACACGAACCUCUUCGGAGUGGUUCUUCUCAACGCCACCAACAAUAUUGUAAGAAUAGGUGCUGAAAAAUGGCAACGGACUAAUCGUGAAUCGUGAUUUGGUCAUUCUCUUUCUCUCUCACCACGCCAUUUCCAAAAGUAUCGAUGUUUUGACUCGGAUCUCUUAAAUCAAACUGCGUUUGAGUGCAUUGGAUUCUUCGACCUAUAACUGGAAGAAUAAUUUUUGUAGAGCAUAUUUGUCAACUACAAAGUUGAUGAGCAUAACAUUUACUUCAACUUUUCUGUUGAACACUUCGUUGUACACAUUUUAGUUCGUGAGAUACAGGCUUACGAAAAUCGUAGUAACUCUGAAAUAACUUCUUUACACCCUCCUUUGGUCAACAGCCUGUAUCUGAAGAACUAAAAUUCGCAGAAAGAAGUCGUUAACUAAAAAGUUGGAGUAAAUGUUAUGCUCAUCAACUUUGUAGUUGACGGUUAUUUUCUACAAAAAUGCUCCUUCGAGCUACGAGUUGAAGAAUACAUUGCACUCAAAUGCAGCAAUUGCCUCACCAGGGAACGAUUUGUUUUUUUUGUCAAUUUCGUUCCCCACUUACUAAUACUUCAGGUCGACUACUAUGUUGUGCCCUCAAUCCAAGAAACGGCAUGUACGAUUUCAUCUCGGCGAUGGGCCUGCAGUGCAGUGCGGAAACCGGUCAGAUCACCUCCAAAAACAAUGUGA